AUGGAUAGGGAGGGAAAGCGAUUGGGAGCUGAGGAUUUUAAUAAAGGUCUCGAAGCUCUCGACAAUGAGAUGGGCAAGGAUGAGUGGCUCAUCGCGUUUGCGCCUAUCACGCUGUUGUCCGCGGGGGGGUUCCUCGCUGUAAACUUUUUGAAAAAUCGAGAAAGUACUGAGGACCUCGACUAUCUCCUCGAGCCGCAAUGGGCGCAUGACAACGAUGUCAAGGGGCCAUUGCACGAUGCGAUGAAAAGGGCAGCAAGGGGCAUAGGGUUUACCGAUGACUGGGCCAACGAACAGAUGGCAUUUUUUGUCCCGGAUAGGUCUCGGCAGCUCUUGUUCGAGAAGGCAGAGAAACAGAACAUUGUCCUUUGGGAGGGUCAUAAUCUUCGAGUCCUUGCUGUGCCGCUGGAGUGGGCACUAGAACGGAAGCUCAGGAGGAUCCAUAAUGAGAUGCAGAGCAGUAAGCGGAGGUCUGAUAUAAAUGAUGCACUGGCACUGUUGAGGCAUCUGAAGGCGCGAAAUAGAGGUCCAUUAGAGAGGGAGCGCAUUCGAACAUUGAACAUAUGCUCCGCUGAGAUGGUACCUGGCCACGCGACGAUGGAUGAAAUUGCCGCGGCUUAUCGCAAGAAGUAUAACGAGGAAGUAUUCGACUAG